AUGGGCAAGAAAAGAAAAGACGCAAAUCUCAACACCCCCCUUUGGAAUUAUGUUGAAAAACAAGGAAAAAGUGACGAAGGUGGUGGAAACAAUAAAAUCCAGUGCAUAAUAUGUAACUAUAUAUUCUUUGGUUCUUAUACUCGGGUGAAAGCCCAUCUUCUUCGUAUAGAAGGACAAGGUGUUAAGAUAUGUGAGGGCAUAGAUCCUGAUAGUUUUGAGGAAUUGAAGAAGUUAUCAGAAGAUGCUGACAUGAGAAGCCAACAUACAAAAACAGGUAGUCUUAUUCCAUUACCAGGUGUUGAAAAUUAUGGAACUGUGGCAAGAAAAGGUGAUAAGGCUUACGGAAAUUUGUUUAAUGCGAGUGCCAGAGAUAAGCUGGAUCAUACAAUUGGGAGGUUUUUCUUUGGUUGUGGUAUAGCUUUUAAUAAUAUCCGUUCUCCAUUAUUCAUAGAUAUGAUCCAAUGUGCAACAAAUAGUAACAUUGCAGGUUAUAUUCCACCUAGUGCACAGAGAUUGAGCACUAAACUCCUGGAAGAAGAGAAAAGGAAUGUAGACAAGAUGUUAAUACCUAUCAAGAGUGGAUGGAAAAGGAAUGGUGUUUCGAUUGCGAGUGAUGGAUGGUCUGACAAUAAUAGUAGACCUCUAAUAAAUUUCAUGGGAGUCUCUAGUAGUGGUCCUGUGUUUUUGAAGGCAGUUGAUACUUCAGGAAACUAUAAGGAUGCUGCCUACUUGGCUAGUUUGUUUAAGAACACCAUUGAAGAAGUUGGGGUUAAGAAUGUUGUACAAUUGAUUACCGACAAUGCACCUGUGUGCAAGGCAUCUGCUAUGCAAGUGGAGAACACUUUCAAGCAUAUCUUUUGGACUCCAUGUGUAGCACACACACUGAACUUGGCCUUGAAAGAUCUGUGCGAGUGCAAGCCGACAACCAAACACCAAGGAAGAUUUGAAGAGUUUCAGUGGAUGCAAGACCUGGUUACAGAAGGAAUAGCAGUCAAAAUAUUUGUUGCGAAUCACUCAAAAGCUUUAACAAUUUACAAGAAAUAUGCUACACUAAAGUUGCUGAGCUAUGGUGAAACAAGGUUUGCUACUAACCUGAUUAUGUUGCUCCGUUUGGUUGAAGUUAAAUCAGCUUUGUCGGCUAUGGUGAUGGACAAAGAUUGGAAAGAUGACAAAGGGGAAGACGUUGCUAAGGCACUACUGAUUAAGAAUAGGAUUUGUGAUAAUGAUUGGUGGGAAAAGGUAUGUUACUUGAUCAAUCUCACUGCACCAAUUGUUGAUUUCUUGAGGUUCACCGACACUGACAAACCAUCUUUGCACAAAGUGUAUGAUAUGUGGGAUACCAUGAUUGAAAGGGUAAGUGAUGAAUGGAUUGAAGGUGGGUUGAAUCGUGUUCAUCCACAUCGUGAUGAGGAGUUAUCAAAUGGUAGAAACACUUGCUUUGAGAGAUUGUUUACUAGCUCGGAAGAUAGAAAAGCAAUUACAGAUCAGUAUGGUGCAUUUUCUGGAUGCAGUCUGGGCUUCUCUAGUUGGAUCUCUCAAAGAGAUAGGAAUACAGAAGAUGCUGCAUCAUGGUGGAACAACUAUGGAUCUUCUGCACCUUUGCUAGCUAAUUUGGCUGACAGGUUGAUGAACCAACCAUGCACCGCUUCUAGUGCUGAGAGAAAUUGGUCAACGUAUUCGCAAAUUCAAAAUGCAAAGCGCAACAAGCUUGAUCCACAAAGAGCAGAAGAUCUGGUGUAUGUUCAUAGUAGUCUGAGAUUGUUAUCUAGAAAAGAGGAUAGAUAUACCAAAGGGCCAACUCAAUAUUGGGAUGUUCAAAAUGAUGAAUCUAGUCUGAGAGCACCUACUGAACAAGAAUUAGCAAACUUAGGCCUUGAUAAACCUAGUUACACUCUGCCACCAAGUGGUGAUUCAGAGGACAUUUGA